UCCGACCACAUUCUGGAAAGUCAUCUGCCGUCGGUGAGUUAAAUACAUGUGCUAGAUCUGCAUGUGCUUUAUUAUUUCCUGUUCCUGCGAACAUUGAAUGAUACAUCCAGCUUGAACGGCACUCUCUAGCAACCGCCAGCUGUCUCUUUCCUUGCUCUCACAGCGUGCUCUGUGAACCAUACACUACCUCUAACCACCUCCUCACCUGGACGUUCACUUUGCCCACCAUGACUUGGACACGGUCUCUGAUACUUUCUCAACGGGCUGUCUCCAGCAAGACAGCCUAUCGAGCUGCGAUGCUGAGCAGAGGUUUCGCCAGCAGUGUUGCCAGGAUGCAGGGCAAGAUCGUAGUUAGCAAUCCGAUCGUAGAGUUGGACGGCGAUGAAAUGACUAGGAUCAUUUGGAAGAAGAUCAGGGAGGAGCUGAUCUUGCCGUACCUCCAACUCGACAUCAAGUACUACGACCUUGGUCUUGAGCACCGUGACGCUACCAACGACCAAGUCACGAUCGAGUCGGCCGAAGCUAUCCUCAAGUACAAUGUCGGUGUCAAGUGUGCGACUAUCACCCCCGACGAGGCCAGAGUCAAGGAGUUCCACCUGAAACAAAUGUGGAAGAGCCCGAACGGCACCAUUAGGAAUAUUCUCGGCGGGACAGUCUUCCGUGAGCCCAUCAUCCUAUCGCGGAUCCCCCGUCCAAUUCCUGGAUGGAAGAAGCCUAUCGUCAUUGGAAGACACGCCUUUGGCGACCAGUACCGAUCGACAGACUUCAUUGCACCAGGACCCGGAAAGUUGCAGCUGGUGUACACACCGGCGAAUGGCGGUGAGCCGACUGUGCUCAAUGUAUAUGACUUCAAGGGCAAGGGUGUCGCCAUGGCUAUGUACAACACCGACGAGUCCAUCACUGGCUUCGCCCACUCGUCAUUCAAAAUGGCCUUGGCCAAGAAGCUUCCUCUUUUCAUGUCCACCAAAAACACGAUCUUGAAAAAGUAUGAUGGUCGGUUCAAAGACAUCUUCCAAGAGGUCUAUGAAACGACAUACAAAAAGCAAUUCGAGGACGCCGGUAUCUACUACGAGCACAGACUCAUCGACGAUAUGGUUGCGCAAGCAAUCAAGUCUUCAGGAGGCUUCGUCUGGGCGUGCAAGAAUUAUGAUGGUGACGUGCAGAGUGAUAUCCUCGCACAAGGAUUCGGUAGCUUGGGUAUGAUGACUAGCGAGUUGAUCACGCCGGACGGUAAGACUAUCGAGAGCGAGGCCGCACACGGAACUGUGACUCGUCACUACCGUGAGUGGCAAAAAGGCAAGGAGACCUCCACGAACCCGGUCGCCUCCAUCUUCGCCUGGACCCGCGGACUUCUGCACCGCGCAAAACUAGACUCCAACGACCCCUUGCGACAGUUCUGUCUGGACCUCGAAUCCUCUUGCGUUGAGGUGAUCGACCAAGACGGGAUCAUGACCAAGGAUCUUGCGUUGGCUAUUCAUGGGAAGGACAUGAAGAGGGAACAUUGGGUCGUCACUGAUGUGUACAUGGAUAAGGUCCAUGAAAAACUGAAGCAGAAGAUCAGGGCGAGGGCUGAGAAGUCGUGAGUCUCUUGUGAAUCUGUCUUUUCAAUGGGGCGUUUGAGCGGUUGUAAGUACCGUGGAGGAGGGGGGCAUUGGGGUUGCGUGAUUGUGACCUUGUUGUGAGAUCUAUGUAGAACAUUUUCUUGUAUACCUAGCAACAAAUUUGAAUGUACCGUUACCUCAACCACCUUUUUGCGUGAUACUGUCCUGUUUACACUCAAUUUCA